CGUGUCGCUUCGUCGCUCUGUCGUUUCACCGUAACGACCAAGCGACAGCGACAGUGUGUCUCGGGCUUUAAUUGUAAACUACUGUACACUGUCGCAUGUUUAUCGUAGUUGAAAAUCAACACAAAUUAGGGAAGAAGAUGGCAUCUUGCCUGCAGAAACAGCUCAACUAUAAAGAAAUAGCUGAAACAUACUCCAAAGUAAAUGAUUUCCAAGUCUGGCUUGGGAAAAUGCUUGUAGACACGCUGGGCAUAGCACUUGGAGAUAAAGUUCUCGAUGUCGGUUGUGGUACUGGAGAAAUCACAGCUUACAUAGCUGACACAGUGAAGGAAGAUGGUUUAUGUGUUGGUUUUGAUCCGGACAAGUACCGUAUUGAAGUUGCAAUUGAAAAGCAUCUCCCUGGUCGGCCAAACAUCACAUUCUAUCAUGGUGACAGCUCCUCUGAAUUUCCUCGUGCUAAUGAAGAAUUUUAUGACUACGUGUUCUGCUCUUCCGUGUUCCAUUGGAUGAGCGAAAGUGAGAAGAUAGUAUUCUUGAAGACUGCUAACCUUUCUUUAAGACCUGGAGGAAAACUGGUCAUUUUAAGCUCGGAUAAAAUUUUGGAAAUUGUUAAAUUCACGCAACAGUUAGUUGCGGAUGUUGAUACGAAGUCAGAUCGCCCACCAAUGAAGCUUUUUAAGAAACAAGAUGCAGAAGAAAUGUUGCGCAUAAAUGGCUUUGUAAUACAAUCCAGUCGAUAUUUUCCCUGUGCGUAUCAGUUUAAAUCGUUGGAUUUUUACUUGACUUGGUAUCGUGCUACAUACUACAAAGAGAAGCCAAAUUUGUCACCAGAAAAAAUAGAAAAAUUUGCAAAGCAAUUUCAGAAUAAAGAUGGGACAAUCUCUUUUGAUGGUUUAGGAUAUGACAUUAUAGCAACCAAACCAGAUGAAUCCUGAUGUGCCACUGAAAAAUUGAACAACAUAACGGCAAAAUGACAAAACUGUGUAGAUGUCAAUGACCUACAAGCCUAAAUCAAAUGUUACACUUGCCUUUCUCUACAUUUUUCUGCAUGCUUUCCAAAGACACGUAAUCUAAGCGCUUCAUAUAUACCGUUCAUUGAAUCAAAUAUUUCCAAUAUGUAAUUGUCUGUUCAAAGAUGAAACACAAAUUAUUUACACAUAAUUGUCAGACCCAUAUUCCAUCAAAAUGUUAUUUAUAUUAACUACAUCUACACUGUGAUUGGUCAACUACCUGCGAAUAAUUCUCGAUAUCUGUAGGUAUGACGUCAUAUUUACAAAUAAUAGUUUCUACAAUUAUUGACGCCAUUAAAUGCUGGUUUCGAAAAAAUAAAAUAAUAGCAAUGUUUGACACAACUUCUAAAAACUGUGAAGGGGCACUUCGCCCGUUUAGUACACCAGCUAGCCUAAAUCUUCCACGGUCCUGCAUAUCUCUUUGUGGUACUGUUUCUCCACGAUGCCAGGAGCACCUGGCACUAUUUUUCUGAAAUUCCUUCAGUCGCUAUUCUUCCCCUGAAAGCGGCUACACAAUCAGUGCAAGUGUUUUCCACAAAGGAUGUACAUUCGUUUUUCGAACGGAAGGAGCAUCGUUGUCUUUAACAUUGGCAGCUUUGCUGGAAAGUAGAUUAGCAUCUCCAACAGGGUUGGGUGCCAUGACUGGCCAGGCCAUGCUGGUACUACAACCAAAACCAUUGCUUUGUCCUGACGAAUUUUGAGUAGAAUCCUGUGUGAAAGAGUGAAAGCAUCCACCGCAAUGGCUCCUGGGGCUGGACGACAUGCCAUAGAAGGGAAGUUGAUGACUGAGACUGGAUGCAAACAGGCCUGCCAUUGGUUUGUAAUAUCGUCUCUGAAUUUUCAAAACUAGCUGCUUGUUUAAUGCCCACUCCGUCCUGGCGUUCAUUUGGAGAAACUCGGCAUCUGCUAUCGAAUUCUGAGCCCCCGGUAAGUGUUGUGCCAACAGGGUAAUAUUCUUUGAUUGGUACAGUGUCCUAAUGUCCAACGCUACCUUGGUGAGAGUAACCGAUUUGGUUCUUCCUCUCUUGUUGAACAUAGGCUACGCACAGUCGUGUUGUCCACCUGUUGAAGAAUUCGUUUUCCUGUGAGGUGUAGGUCUGUGUUUAGAUUUGUGUAGUCAUGUCAAGUUUUGCAGCGUGUGACUGUGUUAUAUUAUAGAUUAUAAGAUUAUAACUGAUAUUAUUAAAUUGAUGGAAAAUACGUAUAUAGUUAAAAAUUGUGGUUUCAGUGGAAAUCCUGUACGUAAAAGCUAAAAUACUAUAGUCAUGUCAAGAAAACACUUUCUCACCGCAAUGCGUCAUUGCGGUAGGAUGUAGGUAGAAACAAAACUCUAGAAACGGAAUGGCAAUGUUGCAAGUCAUGUAAACGCCUAAAACCACUUCCUAAUAAUUAUAUAUAAAUAUAGCUUGCAAGCGUUGGUUCGGGGUUUCGGAAAAGUUGACUUUAUUGGUGUAUGAAUUGGUCAUACAAAUUUGAUAAAUUAGCAGUCGUAUUGCAGAAGACAAUAAAGUUCGAAAACUCAGUUUAAGGAUUGACGGUUGUCCGUAAUCUUAACGAUAUCAAUUCAAAUAUUCCGUAUCGCGAAGAACUAACGUUUGGAACUCCGUAACGUAAAAAUCGUGCACAACCACUGUAAAUAUCCUAUCGAAGUGUUAAAUAUAAUUGUCAAAAUACA